UUCAGAAAAUAAAAAAAGUCAGUCAAAUUGGUGUAAACCUGAUAACCACCGCCUAUAAACCCUAUAUAAAACAGUUUGUCAUCGUUACGCCGCCAUUUGUUUCUCCACCGCUGCAAAUUUCGUUCUCUCUCGGCGUCCUAAAUGGCUCAAGAUGCAGGGAUGUUUACGGUUCAGCAAACUGUUGGCAGCGUACUAUGCUGCAAAUGUGGUAUUCUGAUGGCGCCAAAUGCUGCUAAUAUGUGUGUCAAGUGCUUGCGCUCUGAAGUUGAUAUAACUGAGGGUUUACAAAAGCAUGUUAUUAUCAUCCACUGUCCUGAAUGUGAUACCUACUUGCAGCCACCCAGAACUUGGAUUAAAGCACAACUUGAAUCAAGAGAACUCUUGACCUUCUGCGUUAAAAGAUUGAAGAACCUAAACAAGAUUAGGUUAGUUCAUGCAGAGUUUAUUUGGACUGAACCUCACUCCAAGAGGCUCAAAGUCAGACUCAGGGUACAGAAGGAGGUUCUUAACGGCGCAGUUCUUGAACAGACCUAUAUGGUUGAAUAUGUUGUCCAAGAUCAAAUGUGUGAAUCUUGCACCAGGGUGCAGGCAAACCCUGAUCAGUGGGUGGCAGCAGUGCAACUAAGGCAGCAUGUUUCUCAUAGGAGAACCUUUUUCUUUUUGGAACAGCUUAUACUUAAGCAUGAAGCAGCUGCCCGAGCAAUAAGAAUUACGCAAAUGGACCAGGGAAUUGAUUUUUUCUUCGCUAAUCGCAGUCAUGGUGUGAAGUUUGUGGAGUUCCUGGGUAAAGUUGUUCCGGUCAAGAGUAGGACCGAUAAGCAGCUUGUUUCUCAUGACACCAAGAGCAAUAGCUACAAUUAUAAACAUACUUUCUCUGUUGAAAUCUGCCCAAUUUGUCGGGAGGAUCUGAUUUGCUUACCUCCGAAAGUUUCAAUAGGCUUGGGCAAUAUUGGUCCUCUUGUGAUCUGCACAAAAGUAAGCAACAAUAUUGCUUUAUUGGACCCCUUCACUCUGAGGUACUGUUUUUUGGAUUCUGAUCAAUACUGGAGAGCGUCUUUUAGGUCCUUACUUUCUAGUAGGCAGUUAGUUGAAUAUAUAGUAUUGGAUCUGGAAUUUGUUUCUUCAGAGGUUAGUAUUGGUGGGUCGAAAUAUCGUCUAGCUGAUGCCCAAGUAGCACGUGUAUCAGAUUUUGGAAAAAAUGAUACUAUAUUUUUUGUAAGAACACAUUUAGGUCAUCUUCUAUCUCCUGGCGACAAUGCUCUUGGUUAUGACUUGCACGCAGCUAACACCAAUGACAUGGAACUAGAUAAAUACAGAGGACUUGACCUGCCAGAUGUGAUUCUGAUCAAGAAGAGCUAUGAGGAGAAACGUCUGAAGAAGCACGGGAAGCCUCGUUCGUGGAAGCUUAAAUCUCUUGGCAUGGAAAUUGAUGACUCUGCUAGAGGUAAACUUGAUGAAGAAAAGCUGAACUCAGAAUAUGAGCAGUUCUGUAGAGACUUGGAGGAGAACCCUGAACUGAGGUUUAAUAUAUCAUUGUACCGUAACAAAGACUACCAGCCAUCAGAAAUGACAUCUGUGGCUGAUGGGGAAGAUGACCCUUCUGUGCGUUUAGAAGAGUUGCUUGCUGAUCUUGAUCUAAGUGAAGCAGAACCUGAUACCGCUGAUGAUAGCAUGAAGGAAUGAGUCGAAGCUUGUUCAAUGGCAGUUUGAAAUCCAAGGACCAUUAGUACAAGUUCUGUUGAUUCCGAAAUUUUGAAGAGAGAAGAUGAAGAUAUGUGAUACAAUUAUAUUCUAAAACUUUGAUGGCUUUAUUAUGUUGGUGAGCAACUGUACUGCCAUCUUUAGAUGCAAGGUUUAUUUGGUUUGUAACCUUUUAAUUUCUGUGUACGUGCAAAAUUUGCUCAUAUCCUCUGUUGAGUAUUGUUGCCUAUGCUCGUGAUUUUAUUAUUUUUCUUUAUGCUCUGGUUAUCGCUACUCUUGGUUCUGAUGAUACUUAUCUAUGAUACUAUCAGUUUGAUUGUUAA